UUGCACUAGAGGGUGCUAAACUAUCAUGCGGCUUGUUAAACUAUCACAGGCAUCGUGAAAACCUUUGCAAACACCAUAAACUUGCACUAGAGUGUGUUAAACCAUCAUUUGGCGCAUAAAAAUAUCAUUCGUACCAUAAAAUACCGCUGAAAACCGCCAAUUGCUUGCUUCAGGGGAAAACCUAGGAAAAAAAAGCUUCUGGAACAUUUGGAAGGGUUCAAGGUAACCCUUACGUAAAGGCCAGCGACUGGACGAGAGAGAGAGAGAGAGAGAGAGAGCCAGCCAGCCAGCCAGCACAUGUUUCCCCCUGGCCGUGACUUCGAAUAACUUGAGACAGCGUACAGUGACCAGCAACAUGAGCAACCAGGUGCCUGCCCUCACCAAGCCCGCCCCAGCCUUCAGUGGCACGGCAGUAGUGAAUGGGCAGUUCAAGGACAUCUCCCUGAAGGAUUACAAUGGGAAGUACCUGGUUCUCUUCUUCUACCCUCUUGACUUCACCUUCGUCUGCCCCACGGAAAUCAUCGCCUUCUCUGAGCGUGCCGAGGAGUUCCGCAAGAUUGGGUGUGAGGUCGUUGCCUGCUCCACCGACUCCCACUUCUCUCAUCUUGCCUGGGUGAACACUCCACGCAAGGAUGGUGGCUUGGGACAGAUGAACAUUCCCCUCCUGGCAGACAAGUCCAUGGAGAUCUCAAAGGCCUAUGGUGUGCUGAAGGACGACGCCGGCCUGUCCUUCCGAGGGCUCUUCAUCAUUGACGACCACCAGAACCUACGACAGAUCACCAUCAAUGAUUUGCCUGUUGGCCGCGAUGUUGACGAGACUCUGCGUUUGGUCCAAGCCUUCCAGUUUGUCGACAAGCACGGAGAAGUGUGCCCAGCUGGGUGGAAGCCCGGCAGCAAGUCAAUGAAGGCAGACCCUGUUGGCAGCAAGGAGUACUUCAAGGCUGUGAACUGAGCUGCAGCUGUUCAAUAAUUUGUCUACCUAUGUACUCUUGGGAUUCCAGAAAUGAUUAAUGAUAGCAAUGUACUGAAUAGUGAAUGUCAUGAAUGAAAUUGAGUCUUUUUUGUUAGUUUGUGUUACAUGUUAAUACUUUUUUUUUUGUACAAAAGAGUUUGAGUAAUCAAAAAUACAGUUAGUUAUGAAUGUUUGAAAUGAAAUAUAUUUUUUGUCAUGUUCUUAUCACAUGGUCAGUACUUUUAUGUAUGGCACUAUUUUUUUUUUCUUCAAUUCCAAUUAUGUGUUAUUGCUUUAAUGCCAAAAUUAGGCUUCUAAAAAAUGUGUAAUGUAGACUUUCUUUUACAUUAAUAACGGAACUAAACUGUGUCAAAUCAUUCAAAACAAUGUAUCUGAUUUAUCUUUACAUUAUUUUUUUCCUGUCAUUAUAAGGUCAGUAGUUUUUUGCAGGAUAUUUCAGGUCAGUAACUUGUGUAGCGUUAAAUGUUUUCCUUGUUUUGCUUUAGGAGUCACUAUGAUUACUGAGAACAGAUGGAGCAGCAGCUAUGAAGUGAGGCUAUGAUGGAACAUUGUGUUUCCAGGUGCAGCUAAUUAAGUGAAUGAUCUCUGCGGAAAUUAACAAUAAAGUGUAGAAUUGUC